AUGAAACAACAUUCUUUGAUUAAAGAUCAACCUCCUACUCAUCUAUGUAAUCAUGAUAGUCUUAUUGAGACAUUGUUACAGAUUUCGCAUUUCGACAGCUAUAAUAAUAAUCAUGAAACAGCAAAUCACAAGUCUAGAAAAUCGGUCAAAGAGAUCAAACAGCGUGAAUCUAUUAAAUUCGAUUCUUCACAAAUAGUUUCGGAUCCAUAUGCUUGCCGACACGAAGGUGAUCGUGUUGUGUUUGGUGUCAGUGGAAAUAGUGGUCUCGAUGAAAUAAAUAAUUUUGCUCCGUGUGUAUAUCUCUGCAAAGACUAUGAUGUAGUCACUCCCGAAAUGUUAAAUCUUACCGAUUCCAUUGUUGAUACAAUCGACAAGAUAUUCACUAGUUUACUAAAGGUCGAUCGUGAACGCACUCUAUAA